UGGGCGGGGGGAGUCUGAAGCUGCUUACGCAAUUUGAGUACAGUUGCUUGUUGUUUUGGUUUCAUUUGCGGAGAGCAGAAAUGGCGGGGAAACUGAAACCCGAUGAAAUGAGAGAUGUUAUAAGUCGGCUGAACGCUAUCAGCAAUUCUUUAGAAUCUGCUGUAGCCAAAUUACUGCAGAGCCAGGAGGACUUGAAAAAGGCCAACGAGACUCAGACAUACCUGAAUCAGGGCCUGUUUUUGUCCAUUUGAACAGAGUCUACAGCCUCUCUAUGCAGCGUUUGUUCCACAAGAAGAACUUGUUUCACCGUCUGGGGAUGGGCCUGCUUAGAUCUGGAUCUGACGACUCAUUUUGUGUCCAGUUUUCACCUUGUGCGUCCUCCUUGGCAUUCACUGUCAGUGUUACGCAUUCAAUAAAUGUGAUGAUAUGCUAUUUCUCAAACCACUCGUAUCAUGUUUGUCAGUGCUGCGCUCGUCCAGGCCUCUGUGGAGUGUCAAAAUGUCCAGCAGCUGCCAACAAAAAGAUACUCAUCUCAAGUGCCAAAAGUCAAUUUUUGGCUCUUCUUUUACAUGACUAGUUACAGUCCACACCCACUAUUUGUCCAUUGUUUUUAGUCUGUCUGGGUUUUGACUCCACAAAUCUCUUAUUUGGAUUUUCUUUCUUUUUUUUGUCUUCACAUUUGAAUACAAGUCUUUUAAACCCAACCGAUGUGCAGAGUGAUUUAAGAACCAGGAUGAAACAUCUUUAAAAAAUCCAAAUCAGCAAUAACAAAAUACACUGGACAAGUAGAAACAUUCCUUAGUAAUGUGUAAAGUCUUGUCCGUGCAAAUGCAAGGAGCUCCAAUGACAAUUUGCUUCCUUGCUGUAUUUCCACUCUUUCUAUUGAUUGCACCAGAUACAAUAACAUGAGAAGCAUGCUAAAAGGAUUCCAUGCCUUCUACGUUAUUUAGAAGAUUCACUCGGAUGAGUAUAGUUAACCACUUGGAAACUGGUCUUCCAAGAGAGACCCUGAUGACCGGCUGUACAAGGAAGAGGAAGCAGAGUAACGAUUAAAAAAAAAAAACCCAUCAGAAACCAUAUGAAAAUCCAAAAGAAGGAGAAGAAACCCAUCUGUGCAUUGAGAAUCAGUCAUAAUGGAUACAUCUUUCAGUGAAUCUUUGUACUUCCUGAUGCUGUAUGCUUCUAUAACAACAUUGUAUGCAGGGGCAGUAAUAUUGAGAGUGAAAGGGGGUCUGAAACUGGGGUCUUGGUCUUUGAUCUGGUGCCUUCUCUUGGCUGUCCUGGUGGAGCCCCUGUGCUUUCUGAAGGUCCCGGGUUAUGCUGGGCUACUCCUGCUCUCCUUGCUCUACUACAUUUCAUUGUCACUCCUGGGAAAAUCGCAGAAGCUGCUACCUGUGAACAAUAAGAGUGUGCUGAUUACAGGCUGUGAUUCAGGUUUCGGUCAUGCCUUGGCUAAGCACUUGGACAGCCUGGGUGUGACCGUGUUUGCUGGGGUCUUAAAUGAGCAGAGUCCCGGCUCUGAUGAACUGAGGAGGUGUAGCUCAAAGAGACUUCUUGUGCUGCAGCUGGAUGUGACCAACAGUGCACAGAUCAGGAAGGCCUACCAGCAAAUUCAAGCUGAAGUGGGCGAAACAGGACUUUGGGCAAUAGUGAAUAAUGCAGGAAUCCUGGGAUAUUUAGCAGAUGGAGAAAUUCUUCCCAUGACAGUGUUUAAAAAGUGCAUGGCGGUCAACUUCCUGGGUGCUGUGGAGCUGUCCCAGACAUUCCUGCCCCUGCUGCGCAGAGCCAGAGGCAGGAUGGUCAACGUUUCAAGUAUGGCAGCCAAGGUUCCAGUCCCUAUGUUCUCUGCCUAUUGUGCCUCCAAAGCAGCCCUGAGCAUGUUUUCUGAGGUGAUGAGACAUGAACUAUCCAGUUGGGGCAUCAGAGUCUCUGUUAUCCAGCCUGGAGGUUUCAGAACAAACAUCUUUGGCACAAGGGAGGAAUGGAGCUGCUAUCAGGAAGAGAUUCUCUCCCAGGUCCCGCAGGACGUUAAAGAGGACUACGGGGAAGAGUACAUCUCCUCCUUUCAGAAGCGCAUGCCCAAGAUGUCUGCAGUCUCCUCGGUGGAUUUGUGGCCUGUGGUCCACAACAUCUGCCAUGCCCUGCUGGCGGUGCGCCCCGAGCACGUCUACGCUCCGGGCAGGCUAGCGAGCGUCAUCCCAUUCGUCCACAGCUUCUUCCCUGCCAGCGUCUCCGACCUCCUCAUCGGAGUUUUCUUCAAGUUCCACAAGGAUGCUCCGGCACGCCUCCAGAGGAGCACCGGGUCAGCCAAGGGGGAACGAGAGCACAACUAGCUGGUGCUCUUUCUACAAGGUUUCCGAAGACUAAUUUUCUUAUGUCAUAUCAUCCACAUGCCCUGUUUUCUUUUUGUAAAUAUAAAAAUAUUUAAGGGACUUUUAUCUACGUUUAAAAACCCCUCCCACAAUAGUAGAAACCCUAAGGAAUAUAAUUCUAGUGAUGGCACAUGGAGCGUUUGGUAUUUUCUACAUUUCGUAAGCACUGUAUGCAUCCUUGACGGUUCUGUUCUGUUUGCACAUGAUCUGUUUUAACUGUUGUUUCAAAAAGAGUUUCUUCAGUCUUCCAGGCUCAGUUCAUUGUUAAUCAGGUGGUGGAAAUGGUUGUGCCUGCGUAAGUUUACAUUCUUGCAGCUGUUCUGUUCUUGCCGUAAGAUUGCUAAUCAGCAUGAAGGCAGUGCGAUCGAAAGAUAGGAGUCUGUGACCCGCCAUCUCCAUUAAGGAUCUAGACUUCGUCUACUGCUUGUUUUUUAUUCUAUCGGGUAACAUAAUACUGUACUUUCCCCAGUGCUGUGAAAUAAUGCUUUCCUUUCAUUCACCUGCAGUGCAGGUGAACCAUUCAAGCUGCAUAACCCUUUGAUUUGUCACCUCAUCUGAUUGAACAUGCCUUCCAGAACGCUGGUAGGGAGACCUGAAGAGCCUCAGGGUCUUAUUUUUUUAUUUACCAUUUGGUCCAGCUAUUAAGUAAUUAACACCUUAAUUAACCUGUAAUUAACCUGUUUAACUAUGAAUUUUCAGAAUAAGGUUUACUUUCACAAAGAGCGCAGGCUUCACUACUGUCCUAAAGCACGAGGCCCAAAUGGCUCCGAAAUUAAAUCUGUCUUCUGUCCUAAUACUAUCACUUGGUCCAAGUCUAACUCCACCCAUUAAAACCUUAAGUCUUUACCCAUCUCUUUACCAGUGGGUCAGUCCACACUGAGAGCGCACUUCUAAGUUAGCAGCAUCCCAAAGACUAGUGCUUCAAAUCAAACAGCUGUUUGAAAGGAGGAUCAUGGGCUUUUUCAGGCUUGGUUCUGGAGAAUGAAUUUUUGUUUCUGCUUGUCUAUGUUGCAAUAAUAAAUAAAAUUAAAGUUGAAUA